AUGGUGAGACAGGCCGGCCGGCCCGGGGCCCCGCUCAGGCCAGAGUCGCGGGGCGCUCUCGUGCCGUCCCGCGCCCCCUCGCAGGCAGCCAGGGCACCGCCGCCCGGCCCGCUAGACGCUGCCCGGCGUCCCGGCGGGGGACGGUGCGGGGCACUGGGGCGGUGGCGGCUGCGGCGGCGGCGCCGCACUCCUCAUAGUGUCGGGCCCCUCAGCUGCCCUCGGCUCCGCGCCACUUCACUCCGCGCCUCCGGCCACCCGGCUCACUCUCCGUGCCGGCCGUCUCGGCUAGGCGCAGCUCUGCGCCCCUCAGCGCCGCCGUGCGGGCCUCGCCGCGCUUUGCUCCGCUCCCCUCGCCCCGCGCCGCUCCUCUCCCGCCCGUCCGUGCCGCUCCCUGCCUCGCUGGCGCCCGGCUAG